UCAUCCCCCCGCUUCUUCCGGCAUCGGCGGCGGGGACGGGACGGGUCCCCCCAGGAUGCAGAGCGGCCCUCCGCCCAGGCUGUGCAUCCAGGUGGAGGACAGCCUGUUCGCCGUGGACAAGGCCCUGAUGGUGGAGAACAGCGACUUCUUCCGGGCCCUGUUCCGGUCGGGCAUGCGGGAGAGCAGCCAGGAGCGGAUCAGCCUGCGGGGCGUGAGCGCGGCCGGCUUCCUCCUCACGCUGCGGGUCCUGCGCGGGGAGCGGCCCUUCCUGGCCGGGGACGAGGUCCCCGAGGCGGCCGAGUGCGCGGCCUUCCUGCAGGUGGAGCGGCUGGCCCGCUUCCUCGUCCACUCCCUGGCCCCGGACAACUGCGUGGCCCUGUACGAGGCGGCCGCGCUCUUCGGCCUGGCGGAGCUGACCCGCAGCGCGGCCCUGUACAUCCGGGACCGCUGGGCCGGGCACGGGGACGGGCCGGAAGGCCUCUCGCCGGCCGGCCGGGCCCACGUGCUCUCCCUGACGCCCAGCAGCUUCGUGGCCGUGGGCGCCCACACGCCCACCUCCGGCCUCCUGGACGACCCGUCGCGGACCCUGUGCUACCUGGACGAGGGGGCCGACGCGUGGAAGACCCUGACCCGCCUGCCGCUGGGGGCCAGCACCCUCCUGGCCGGCGUGGCCACCCUGGACAACAAGGUCUACGUGGUCGGGGGCGUCCGCGGGGCCGACAAGGUGGUGGUGGAGGCCGGCUUCUGCUACGACGCGGACGCGGACGUCUGGCGGGAGUUCCCCGGCCCCCGGAGGCCCCGCUACGACCCGGCGCUGGCCGGCCAGGACGGUGCCCUCUACGCCAUCGGCGGCGAGUUCGAGAAGACCCCGCUGGGGUCGGUGGAGCGCUACGACCCGGGGUCCGGCCGCUGGACCCGGGCGGCCGACCUGCCGCAGCCCGCGGCGGGGGCCCCCUGCGCCCGGGCGCUGGGCCGCCUCUUCGUCUGCCUGUGGAAACCGGCCGAGGCCACCGUGGUCUACGAGUACGAGGCCCGCGCGGACCGGUGGCGGCCCGUGUCCGCCCUCAAGAGGCCGCAGAGCUACGGCCACUGCAUGGUGGCCCACGGGGACGCCCUCUACGUCGUGCGCAACGGACCUUUCGACGACUUCCUGCGCUGCUCCAUCGAUCGGCUCAGCCUCCGCACCCUGCAGUGGACCGCCCUGCCCGGCCAGUUCAUGAACAGCAAAGGGGCGCUCUUCACGGCCGUGGUCCGGGCCGACGUCGUCUACACCGUCAACAGGAUGCUCACCCUCCUCUACUCCAUCGACGGCGGCGCCUGGACGCUCCGGGAGCAGAAGGCCGGCUUCCCCCGGCCCGGCUCCCUGCGGGCCUUCCUCCUCCGCCUG